CCCCAUCUGCAAUCAGCCCAUAUUUUGACAGGGGUAACCGCAGUUCAUCAAAAAUUGAACCUGACAGGAAAAGGCAUCAAAGUUGGGAUUAUUGAUACAGGUAUCGACUACACACACCCAGCUCUAGGAGGAUGUUUUGGUCCAGGAUGCAAAGUUGCGUACGGACACGAUUUCGUAGGAGAUGACUAUGAUAGUGGUAAUCCCGAAAAGGAUAUACCCAAACCUGAUAACGAUCCAAUGGACUGUGGAGGGCAUGGGACUCAUGUAGCUGGGAUCGUCGCUGCUCGAAAUGAGGGCCCUGACACAUUGGGGCCGCAAGGUUUUGUAGGCGUUGCACCAGAUGUUACACUUGGCGCAUACCGGGUUUUCGGGUGCGGUGGAGACGUAAGCGAUGAUGUUCUGCUUGCAGCGCUC